ACAAUCAUGGAGCAGUUCAACCCCAGCCUCAGGAACUUCAUUUCUAUGGGGAAGACUUAUGAAAAAGCCUUAGCAAGUAUGACAUAUGCAGCAAAAGGAUACUUCGAUGCUCUGGUGAAGAUGGGGGAGUUGGCCAGUGAGAGCCAAGGGUCCAAGGAGCUGGGAGACGUGCUCUUCCAGAUGGCUGAAGUCCACAGGCAGAUCCAGAACCAGCUGGAGGAAAUGCUGAAGUCCUUCCACAACGAGCUCCUGACGCAGCUGGAGCAGAAGGUGGAGCUGGACUCACGCUACCUGAGCGCUGCAUUGAAGAAAUACCAAACAGAGCAAAGGAACAAGGGCGACUCGCUCGACAAGUGCCAGGCUGAGCUGAAGAAGCUGCGGAAGAAGAGCCAAGGAAGCAAAAACCCCCAGAAGUACUCGGACAAGGAGCUGCAGUACAUCGAGGCCAUCAGCAACAAGCAAGGUGAGCUGGAGAACUACGUCUCCGAUGGCUAUAAGAUGGCUCUGACCGAGGAGAGGCGACGGUUCUGCUUCCUGGUGGAGAAGCAGUGCGCCGUGGCCAAGAGCGCGAUCACCUACCAUGCUAAGGGGAAGGAGAUGCUGACACAGAAGCUCCCGCUGUGGCAGCAGUCGUGCGCCGAUCCAAACAAGAUCCCGGACCGUGCCAUCCAGCUGAUGCAGCAGAUGGCUGCCAGCAGCAAUGGCACCAUCAUGCCCAGCCCUCUGUCUACAUCCAAGUCCAACCUCAUCAUCUCUGACCCCAUUCCUGGUGCCAAACCUCUCCCUGUUCCCCCGGAGCUGGCACCUUUUGUCGGACGCAUGCAGGAGGCCAUGCCGGCGGUGAACGGAGUCUCGGGCCCAGACAGUGACGAUUACAACCACUGGUCUGAGGUGAAGCCAGCACAGCCCAAAUCUUUAUCUCCUCCCCAGCCUCAGAAGCAGCUGAGCGACUCUUACUCGAACACACUUCCCGUUCGCAAAAACGUGACCCCGAAAAACAGCUACGCCUCAGCUGAAAACAAGACGCUGCCGCGCUCCAGCUCCAUGGCCGCAGGGCUCGAGAGGAAUGGCAGGACGAGGGUGCAGGCCAUUUUCUCUCAUGCUGCUGGGGAUAACAGCACCCUCCUGAGCUUCAAGGAGGGAGACCUCAUCACGCUGCUGGUGCCGGAGGCCAGGGACGGGUGGCACUACGGAGAGAGCGAGAAAACAAAACUGAGGGGCUGGUUUCCUUUCUCCUACACACGUGUCCUUGACAACGAUGGCAGCGAGCGGGUCCAUGCAAGCCUGCAACAGGGGAAGAGCAGCAGCACGGGCAACCUGCUCGACAAAGACGACAUCGCCAUCCCACCGCCCGACUACGGCAUGUCCCCACAAGCCUUCCCAUCGCAGAACGUCAACACCUUCAAGCAGAGGCCGUACAGCGUGGCCGUGCCCGCCUUCUCCCAGGGUCUUGAUGACUACGGGACGAGGUCUGUGAGCAGCGGCAGCAGCAGUCUGGUAUCAACGGUGUGAGGACACCGGGCUCGCGGCGGCACUGUGCUGCUUGGAAGAGCGCUCUGCUUCUCUCUCCUCCUCCUUUUUUUUUUUUUUUUUUUUUAUUUUUCUCCCCCCCUUCUUCUUCUCUUUCUCCACUUUGGGAUUUUAAACUCUCUCGUGAUCUUCAAGGAAACCAUGGUGCUUCUCCGCCCCUCCCUGCUGUUCACAGUGCCCUUGUUUCUGACGCCUUUUUUCAGAGCAGAAACUGCCGAUCGGUCUGUGCUCGCUUUGAAGCAGCCUGGAUGCAGUUUACACUUUUAGUGGGACCCAGUUUUUGUACUACUUUGUGAAUGUUAGAGAUGCACUAUCCCUCCUCUGGGGCUUUACACGAGCCGCGGACGCGGGCAGGAUGCCCCAGGACGGACCCAAUAUGCAUGGCCUGGUGUACGUACUGUUACCGAGCACCCGCUGGGCUGCGGGGCGGAACGGCUCCUGCGCCCCGAAUCCACUUCCACCCUGCUAUGGGGUGAAGUGGAUGGGGCCGAGCUCCCGGCGCCGGAGUGGCUGCUGCUCCGCUGGGCUCCAGGGCGGCCCCGCAGGUCCCCCUUCGUUGUUUUAUAAAUAUAUAUAUAUAUAUUUUUUGUAGCAAGGUAUCGUUACCUCACCUUCGUGCUGGGGGCCAAGGGGCUGGGCACGGUCCGUCCCAGCGCUACGGAGCUGGCCACGCUUUCUUUUUUUCGGAUGUGAUUUUUAAGACCUCUCACGUGCCCGUUGACCAGGACAAGGCUGGCGAACCGUGCAGCCACGCGGACCAGGUUUAGUUUUAUACACUAGGAGCAGACAGUGGUGAGACCCUCCUGCAGCGGUGUCACAAUUUUGCUAUAGAUUUUUAACCCAGGGUUAUGUCACGCUGAAUGACUGAAGGUAGAGGGGAGACGACCGCCCUAGCAGAACUUGUAUGGAGACUGUAAAGUGCUGACAUCUUUUUUUUUUUCUUUUUUUUUUUUUUAAAAAAAAAAAAAAAAAAAAAAAAAAAAACAAAAGCCAGAGAGAACCGUGCCCUGUAUCGAGUUAUUGUUUGAAUAAAAUUUUAUUUAUUGCAUUGA